AUGACCCCUGACCCCCUGCUGUGUUCCUGCAGAGAGUCCAGUGUGUCCUGUAAUGGCCUGAGGGGCCGCCCCCCCUCCCUGCUCAAAGCCCCGUCACUGAACCCCCCCCCCGCCAUGGGAGACGGUCUGGAGGCCGGCAGCAGCCUCAACCCCCCCUCCGCCCCCCCGUCCCUCGCCUUCAACGCCCCCGUCCCAGAAAUAUGGAACCCCUCCAGACCCAAGAGACAGACCAACCAGCUGCAGUUCCUGCUUAAAGAGGUGUAUAAGACGUUGUGGAAACAUCACUUUGCGUGGCCCUUCCAGGCUCCUGUAGAUGCCAUCAAGCUGGGCUUACCUGACUACUACAAGAUCAUCAAGAUCCCGAUGGACAUGGGCACCAUAAAGAAGCGCCUGGACAGCCACUUCUACUGGAACGCUCAGGAGUGCAUUCAGGACUUCAACACCAUGUUCACCAACUGCUACAUCUACAACAAGCCUGGCGAUGACAUCGUCCUGAUGGCGGAGGCUCUGGAGAAAGUUUUUCUGCACAAGAUCACAGAGAUGCCGCAAGAGGAGAAGGAGAUCGCCGUGGUUACGAAGGGUCGUCGGGGGGGCCGCCGGGAGCCAGGUGUGAUCUCCAAGUCUGACUCGGGCCAGGACUCCUCCUCCCCCUUCUCCACCCCCCACACUCGGGAGGGUUUCUCCUCCCCCCCCACCACGCCUCGAGCAGCUCCCCCCCCUCAGGCCCCCUCCCCCAGCUUCUCCUCCCCCCCCAGCUCUCUCGUGUCCCUCCCACCGCUCCCUCUCACCUGGGACCCCCUUUCCCCCCCUCUCACCUGGGACCCCCCUUCCCCCCCUCUCACCCGGGACCCCCUUUCCCCCCCUCUCACCUGGGACCCCCCUUCCCCCCCUCUCACCUGGGACCCCCUUUCCCCCCCCUCUCACCUGGGACCCCCCUUCCCCCCCUCUACCUGGGACCACCCUUCCCCCACUCUCACCUUGGACCCCCCUCCUUCCCCCUGUCAGCUGACGCCCCCCCCCCAGGGCCUCACCUCCCUGCCCCCCCCAGGCCUGACGCACCCCGGCCUCCCUUCCAUGCUGCAGAGCCCCCCCGCCCUCAUCAAGCAGAGGAAGAGUCAGAAGAGGAAAGCCGACACCACGACUCCCGCCAACGACCAGCUCAGCGAGUCCUCGCCCGCCGACGCCCGGCCGCGGCGCGACAGCAUCCGCCCGGCCAAGACGCCCAGGAAGGAGGCGUCUCAGCCGGACUCCCAGCUGCACCCGGGCGGGGGGGCGCUGCUGGUGGGGGGGGGGCGGGUCUCUGACAGGCAGGAGCAGAUGAGGUCCUGUAACAGAGUCCUCAAAGAACUGCUCUCUAAGAAACACAUCGGAUACGCAUGGCCCUUCUACAAGCCGGUCGACGCCCGAGCGCUGGGGCUGCACGACUACCACGACAUCAUCAAGCACCCCAUGGACCUGAGCACUGUGAAGAAAAAGCUUGACGGCCGGCAGUACCGAGGCGCUCCGGAGUUCGCUGCUGACGUCCGGGUGAUGUUCUCCAACUGCUACAAGUACAACCCCCCCGACCACGACGUGGUCAACAUGGCCCGAAAACUACAGGACGUGUUUGAGAUGCGUUUCGCUAAGAUGCCGGACGAGCCCGAGGACCGGACCCCGACCCCCUCCUCAGCUCUGCACCCCGCCCCCUCCUCUGCUCUGCACCCCGCCCCCUCCUCUGCUCUGCACCCCGCCCCCUCCUCCGCUCUGCACUCCGCCCCCUCCUCCACUCUGCACCCCGCCCCCCUCCAUACGACAAGCCCCGCCCCCUCCCGCCCCCUCCGAGGACUCCAGCCCCAGCUCCUCCGAGUCGUCGGGCGGAGACUCGGACCACGAGCGGGAGCACCGAUUGGUCGAGUUACAGGAACAGGUCAGAGUGCUGAAGGCGGUCCACGAGCAGCUGGCCGCCCUCUCGCAGCCCCCCCCCAAACCCAAGAAGAAAGAGAAGGAGAAAGAGAAGAAGAAGGAGAAGGAGAAGAAGCACAAGAAGAAGAUGGAGGAGCCGCUGGAGCCCCCCCCCCCUCCAUGACGCUUCCGACCGCCAAGAAAAACAAGAGCAGCAAAGAGCCCGUGGUCCUGAAGAAGGAGCGCAAAAAACCUGGGAAGAAGGAAGGAGUUAAACACAGUCGCCCGCUCGUGGCUCCUCAGCCCGGCCCGACGCCGCUCGUCCCCUCGGCCGCUCUGGAAGCAGAGGAUGAACUGGAUGUGUUCGGGGCCGUCACGGCGGAGCGGGGGAAGCCAAUGUCGUACGAGGAGAAGCGGCAGCUGAGUCUGGACAUCAACAAGCUGCCCGGAGACAAGCUGGGCCGAGUCGUUCACAUCAUCCAGACCCGAGAGCCGUCGCUAAAGAACUCCAACCCCGACGAGAUCGAGAUCGACUUCGAGACGCUGAAGCCGUCCACGCUGCGGGAGCUGGAGAAGUACGUGUGCACCUGCCUGAAGAAGAAGAAGAAGACGUCAG